CUAACGCCAUCUGGACCACCACGAGAACUACGAUAAACACAACCCUAUACCUUCCCUCUUUACACUGCUCCCGACCGAUCAUAUUCUUUCCGCCACGGGUUCGCCAGCCACAUGCAUGCCUUCCGCUCGCCUAUCCCUUCUCGGCCCCUCCAGCUCUCCCGCGUCGUCGAUUCGGGGUCUGCCUCUGCCUGUCUUCUUGCUCUAUCCUCCCUCCGCUGCUCAUUCUCAUCCACGGCUGUGUCCCAAUCCCGCUCACAUCGUCCCACAUUGCCUCCCUCUACUCGGUCUGUUAAAAAUGCCUCACCAGUGCCAGGAAAGCCCGGGUCAUCGCAGGUGAGAAAUAAAGACAACGGGAGCAUGAUCAGUAAAGAGGCUAUCAGCUCAAGCAACGGCAAUCCUAGAAACGGCACUAUCAGAAGCGGCAGAAUUGGGAAUCGGAAGUCUUCUCUCUUUGAUUCCCCAUUCCCCGAGGGUGCCUCGAAGCCAAUCCGAUGUAAGCCAAUCGGCAGACUAGACAUCUCUGAGGAUUCCACGUAUCUGCCGGAUCCGAUGGAAGGGUUGGCACGUCGUAGAAGGGUGGACACUGGGAACUGGGCGAAACCUAGAGCAUACAAGCCCCAAGAAAAGAUGUCUCGCCAUGGAAAAUUAGAGUUGGAGAAGAAAAAGCCGCUAGGGAGACUGACCACCGCUCCCUCCACACGUAGGGUCUCCCCCCAACCUCCAUAGGAUUGCUCAGCCAAAUUUUUUUCUCUUCAGACCUCUCACCAUUUUUCUUUUUCUUCCCUUUCCUCUCUGGCUACAAUUGCGGGUUCCCUUCAUCUCCCCGUGCUCGUCCUCACAUUUACCACCCCUUGAAAUUAUCGAUAUGGUGUUUCCGGGCUGCUUCAGUUGAGCUGUGUAUCAACUUUGUUUGAGCAUGAUGAUGAUUUUUCCCCCUUUGUUGGGUUGACAUUCUGUGGGCAUUAUUUCAAUUCUUACCAAUUUACACUAAUCUAGCGCAGACAGAACAAGCGUCGGUUGUGUUCUUGAAGGGCGUUGGGACCACGAUGCUGGAAAGCGAUAUCAGACGCCUUCUUCCGUCAGAAGCCAGCCUUCCGGGGUUUGGCAAAUUCCUCGGUAUUCUUCGCAUCACCCCAGAUCGUCAUCCCGUGACAUUGCAGCAGCGGCCAAAAUACAUGAUUGAGUUUUCUGAUGCUGCCACUGCCGAAAAUUUUGUAUAUUCACUUAACCUUGACUACCAGUUGGCGAAUCCAUCCCCUGUGGCUGCGACCGCUCUUCCUCCGGCGUCUGCCCCGAAGUUUUCGCUCCCGGCUCAGGCGGCCGAACAAGUGAAGAAUGACUUACGAACACUGCGCGGGGCCCUAACAAACGGAGAGUGCCAGUUGGGCUGCUCGGUAUUACUGGUGGCUUCCGGGCUGGGUGGAGAUACGAAGGAGAAUGGCAAACUCCCAAGAACAGAAGAAGUCAGGCAAAUGCUCGAGGAGGCGGAUGUCCGGUUCUGUGUCAGGGAUCAGGAAGACGGAGGAGUUGGGGUGCAGAGGAUAUCGCAGCUUCGCAUCACUGACCAUGGGUUCAAGGUGAGGGUGAGGGCGGGUAGGAAUUCCCGAGGAGCAGAAUCAAAGUGGAUUGUGCGGUGCCGGGACCCGGCAGAGGCACAUCGGGUGGUUCGGGACUGGAACGCAAGGGAGCUUCCUAAUGGGCUGGGAAAGUUUAUGGCAGAGAUGAUAUAUUGA